AAGACAGUAUUCUUUGGUAAUUAUUUAUCACCUUUUUAACGGACAAAUGUUUGUGAUGUUACUUCGGUUAUAAAAGUGGAUUAUUUCGAUGAAUAAAAUAACAAAUGUCUGAAAUUAAUGUAAAAAUUGAAGUAAAAUCAGAGAAUGAAGAGGGCGACAAUGAAGAAGAGGAAAAAGAAGAAAAUUAUUUGUGUAAAUAUUGCGGAGACCCAUGUGAUCCAUAUAUAAGACCAGCACUCCUAUGUUCCGGUGAAUGUGUACAAAAAAUCCACGUGCGUUGUUUAAAACGUGGUGGAGUGCCCGGAGCUCUUGUAGGAGACGUUUUUUUUGAGCUGUAUUGUACUGAAUGUAGUCCUUUAAAAACUGAAAUUAUCAAUCGAGGUAAACUGUCAUGGCUAAAUAUCAUUGUUUUGACUCUCUACAACUUGAAAGAAAAGUCAAGUGGGAUAAGCAAACGAGGAUAUUUUCAUUGGAAAUCAGACAUCAGUACAUUUGUCGACAAAAAUUGGGAUCACUUAUUCCAAAAGACUGUGAAGAGGAAAAAAAAUUGGAUUGGAACAAUAUCUGGCACUCUUUCUCAUUACAGCACAACUUUUUUUAAGUCUGGGACUACUGAAUUGGGCGAGUCUGGCUGGUGGAGGCUCGUCGACAAUGAUCCACCUGAAAUAUUGAUGAAUAAAAAUAACAAAAUCAUCAUGGAACGGAAGAAGCAAAGUUUAGGACAGAAUAAAAUUAUUCUUAAUCCUGUAAAGGUAGCCAAUAGUCCUUCUAGAUCUGAAUCCAGCAUGUCUUUUGGUGAAGACAAUUAUCCUAGUGUAGAUCCAUCAACAGCUAAUCUAACUCCUUCAAUGUUUAGCCGUGAGUAUGUUCAACCUACAGAAAUCCUUUCAGAUUUCCUUCUUGCUGAUGACGAUGUCCCUGACAUUGAUCUUCUGGAUAUUGAUGAUGGGUUAGACUUUAAUGAACAGCCUGAUUCCAUAUCACCUGUUGAUUUGGUCAAGGAUUUGGAUAAGUUUAACUCCUUUUCAAAAGAUAAUCCUCAAAUUUCUCAACUGCUCAAUACCUUUAAUCCUGAAUGGAUGAAUAAUAUUCUGAGUCAGGAAAAUUUUGAUGAGUCCGGAGGAGAAAAGGAUAAAUUUGGAGAUGCUGAAGAACAGUAUGAGGAAGAAACAAGUAAUGAUAGUUGUAUUCAGGAGCCAAUAAUCUCACUGUUUAGAAUUAAAAAUAAAAGAGAUUGGCCUUGGAUGAAGCCUGAAAGAACAUCAGAACAAAAAAAGCCAAAAAUGGGCAGGAAUGAAGAAGACUACAUCAUUCAAAGCAUCAAUAAAGCUCAUAUUGAUUCAAUGACUCCGUCCUUGAGAAGACUGUACAGAAAAUUAGUUGUAAGAAAGCUGAAACGAAGUAAUAAUGUACCUUUAUUCGAUAUUGAUACUUUUGGAAUAAAACCAGAAUCAAGAAUGAACUUCAAUGACGAAAGUCAUCGCGUUAUUGAUAGAUUUUAUAACAUCAACUUCAGUGCUAUAUUUGAACAAAGGCUCUCAGGAACUGUGGAACCCACUGCUGUUCACAGUCCAUACACCAAUAGAAUUCUUAAGCCCUUUAUCAGAAGAGAUUACUCUUGUCAGCCACUUUGGCUGAAAUUAAUGCAAGAACUCACUGCUAAAGUCAACAAAAAUAAUCCUGAUUGGAAACCAGAAGAUCCAACGAGUAUUGAUUAUUGUUAUGUCAGACCACAGCAUAUUCCUGCAGUUAACAAUCUUUGCAGUCAGUAUUUUUGGCCUGGUAUUGACCUAACCGACUGUCUUCAGUAUCCAGACUUCACUUGUGUUGUUUUGUACAAAAAACUCGUUAUUGGAUUUGCAGUACUAGUACCGGAUGUGAAUUAUAAUGAAGCCUAUAUUUCAUUCUUAUUAACACGAUCUGAAUGGAGGAAAUCUGGAAUAGGAACAUUCAUGUUGUAUCACUUAAUCCAAACAUGUAUGGGAAAAGAUGUAACACUUCACGUAUCAGUGACAAAUCCUGCAUUAAUUUUAUAUCAAAAGUUUGGUUUUAAAAUUGAAGAAUUUGUUCAAGAUUUCUAUGAUAAAUACAUGGCUUGUGGUGUACGGGAAUCAAGACAUGCAUUAUUUCUACGGCUUAGCAGAUAAAUAAUGAAUACAUGAAAUGAUUUACAAUCAUGCUGAAAUAUAAAUUAUUGCAAAUACAUAAUAAAUACAUAAAAUAUUUAUUUUUAA